AUGACUAUACAAUGCAACAAACAGUACAAGAAGCAGUACAAGGUGAGUAGAUCAAACCAUAACAGCAGAUAUGGCUAUACAACGCAGCUCAACUUACCUACAGGUACAGGUAAACCAGGUGUAUAUCACUACUUCAGAUGUGUCAAUACAAGCAGUUCAAGUAACAACGCAAGUUGGGGAGAUUUUGUAACACUGACAAUGACCAUACAAUCAACAUCAAUAACAGAAUCACAAUUGAAAUGGAAACAUAAUGGUGUGGAUAUAGUAGUAUGGAAUGGACAAAGUAGUAUUACUAUUACAUCAGCUAAACCAUCAGAUGCUGGAAUUUAUGAAUGUUAUACUACUGAACAGCAACGACAAAAUGGAAAAAAUGGUUUUAUGAGACUUAUUGUGAGACGUUGUCCUAAUGGUAAAUAUGGUGAUACAUGUCUACUUAACUGUCCUACAUGUUAUAAUGGAGGUAUAUGUAAUGCAGACACUGGAGAAUGUAUAUGUCCACCAGGAUUUAAAGGAGGUGACUGUAAUAUAGGUUGUGCACGAGGCUAUUGGGGAAAGUCAUGUGAGCGCCUAUGUUCAAGUGUAAAUACAGCUACAGCUUGUACAGGAAAGAUGUUCUGUGUUUCUGAUCCAUAUGGAUGUUCAUGUCUUGCAUCACAUGGAGGAUUAGAUUGUAACAUUCUUG